GAUUUAUAUACUUCUCGGGAGAAUAUUUCGACAAGAGAAAAGGCCUAGCUAAUGCUAUAUUCUUAUCCGCAAACGCCCUUGGUGGCAUCAUCAUGCCACCGUUAUACCGGUAUAUUUUUGACGAAUAUGGACUGCGUGGAGGACUUCUAAUCACUGCCGGUAUCACCUUCAAUUCUCUAGUUGCUGCAGCGCUGCUUCGUCCAUCAGAAUUCUAUACUAAGCAUAGUUCAAAGAAAAGCAAUAUGGACGAAGAUAUUUCGGUAAUGAAAAGUAAUCCUAACGAAACCGAAAAUCAGCCAAGCGAAUGUGAGCCAGAUCCUUUAUGUCCCCUACUUUCGACACCAACAGAAAAACAGUCUACAUCGUCACUGAAUAGGCAAACAGACGACAUUAAUGAUGUCUUUGAUAGAAUAUCUAAUUCCAAUGUCGUUCGAUACACGAGUAAUGGAGAUAUAUUGUCUGCCUCCUUGACUAGUCUGGGAGAAGAGAUGGAUCAUCAUGUGGUCGAAGUGGACAAGGAAAAUUGUGAUGGAAGGUGCUUGAUUAAAUGCAGACAAAACAUAGAUUGUUAUUUGAUGAGAAAUAUUCUUUAUCUUCUAUUUUUGGCCAUUUAUUGUUUUGGUAAUGUUGCUAUCAUGUGUGCACACAUCUAUGUCCCGAAAUAUGCUGAAGAUAUUGGUAUUGAUGACCAGCGUAUUUCUGUCAUCGUCUCGAUAACUUGUAUGUCAGACUUUGUCGGGCGAAUUGUAGCUGGAUUUCUGGCAGAUCAGCCCUGGAUCAGUCCACAUCAGAUUGUUAUCCUUUCGCAGGUGAGUGAUCUGUACAGGGGAUAUUGACAUUUAAUUGAGCCUUUUUAAAGUGUGA